AUGGCUCCCAAACGGCAGAGUACUUCCUCCAAUGAUAGUUCAUCUAAGAAGAGGAAGGUCAUCACCAUGGAGGUAAAGUACGACGUCGUUAAACGUUCUGAGAAGGGAGAGACGAACACCGAGAUAGGUCGUGCUUUGGGCCUUAGCAGGACGACGGUGGUAACCAUAGUGAAGGACAAGGAACGCAUUCUCAAGCACAUUAAGGAUGCUGCACCAAUGAAGGCAACGGUGAUUAACGUGAAGCAACGUAGCCAGAGCAUUGUGGAAAUGGAGAAGUUGCUGAUGAUCUGGCUGGAGGACCAGAACCAGCGACGUGUUCCAAUGAGCCUAAGUGUGAUCCAGAAGGCUAGAGAGCUGCAUGAGGCAAUAGUGAAAAAGUAUGGGGAAGGCAGUGCUAGUGGUGAAUUUUCCGCGAGUAGAGGUUGGUUUAACCGUUUCAAGGCUCGUGCUAAUUUGCAUAAUGUGAAGCUGCAAGGUGAAGCUGGUAGUGCUGAUAGCAAAGCAGCAGAAAGUUUUCCUAGUGGUUUGGCUGAAAUAAUUAAGGAUGGUGGUUACACAGCUGACCAAGUUUUUAAUGUAGAUGAGACUGGCUUAUUUUGGGAAAGGAUGCCCAACCGUACGUACCUUUCCAAGGAGAAGUCAGCACCUGGCCAUAAAGCUGGUGGUGUACCUUCCACCAAAUACAACAUCGCUUAUACAGCUGAUGGACCAGGGAGUAAUCGCUAA